ACAAAUCCAUUACCAUGUCAAACCGCAGAAAUGAAACUGUUCCCCUGAAAAGUACCUGAUGAAGUGGUGACCGAGCAGAGAUUACCCGAGGAGCUUGUUAACAAGAAGCAACAAAAACAACAACAACAACAACAACAACAACAUGUUUGGUAAAAAGAAGAGAGCACCGCAGCCCAGAGGCCAGGGAGCUGCUGCAGCGAAGCAGAUGGGUCUGUUUGUAGACCCCGAGGAGAUGAUGAUGGGCAUGGAGGGGGAUCUGGACGACCCAGACCUGGAGGCUGAACUCGCUGCUAUCACUGGAAAUCAAGCUGCAUCUGGAGGGAGAGCCAAGCACAAGGGAAAGAGUCCGCUGCCCAUGGAAGACAUCGCCAGGAUGGCUGAUGAGUGUAUGAGAGACGUGGACGAUGAUGAAGAUGAGGGUAACCUGGAGGAUGAUGAGGAUCUAUUGGCAGAGCUGCAGGAAGUGGUGGGUGAGGGUGACGGGGAUUGCGAGACUGAGGAUGCGGUCACAUCCUCUGCUACUGCUGAGUCUCCUCAAGCCGAAACAGCAGAGUCCCCAGAGUCACAGCAGAAGGAAGUAAAAGUCCCGACUGCAGCGCCCGGCACCCUCCAGUACACUCUGGAGGAGCGGUUAACCAUGUACAAGACUGCGUCAGAAAACGCCAAAGCCGCAGGGGAGACCUCCAAAGUCCGCAGAUACGAUCGCGGCCUGAAGACUCUGCAGUCAAUGGUAGCUGCUGUGAAAAAGGGGAGAGGAGUGAACGAGGCAGAGAUCCCUCCUCCUGUUGCCACUGGAGCCCCGACUGAGCCCUCCCGUCCUGCCGUCCCCCAACGACUUCCUCCCCCUGUGCCCUCCCGGCGUGAGUCCACUCCGUCAGAUCAGCAGGAGAAGUCGGAGGUUGUCACUCCUGGCAGUGAAGAGGAGAAGUCCUCCUCCAGCACGCUGCCUACUCUGAGCAAUGCCCCGUCUCCAGAGGAGCCGACAGAGGAACCUGCAAGACAACCUCUCACCGAUGCAAAUGAGGAAACCAAGAGGAUGCUUUUGGAGAGGCAGAAAGAGUACAAGAUGGCCGCUCUGAGAGCCAAGAAGCAAGGAGACGUGGAGCAAGCUAAGCUUCACUUCAGGACCAGCAAAAGGUUUGAUGCUGUGAUCGAGGCGUUGGAGAGCGGACAAGCUGUCGACCUAAGUUGCCUUCCUCCUUCUCCUGAAGACGGUACAGGCGGGGGUUCUACCCCUGUGAAAAGCCCUCCCUCCGUGCCAGAUAUAGAAGUCACUAAACCGGUUACAGCAGCUCCAGCCUCUGCCCCCCCAUCAGCUCCAGCAGCGCCCAAAGACGUGCUGGAGGCUCUGGAGCAGAGGCGAGCCAAGUACGCCGAGGCGUCCAGUGAGGCCAAAGCCAGCGGAGACGACCGCAAGGCUCGAAUGCACGACCGCAUCGCUAAGCAAUACCAGAGCGCCAUCCGAGCUCACAAAGCAGGGAAAGCUGUCAACUUUGAGGAGCUGCCUGUUCCCCCUGGGUUUCCUCCGAUCCCGGGUCAGAAGGCGACGGGAGCAGAGCAGGGAUUCAUCGCUGCUCUGCAGGCAGCAGAUAAGCUAGCCUCAACAGAUGCUACUGAAUUAGCAAACGAAGAGGAAGACGACGAGGAGAAGGAGGAGGAGUCUAAGCCAGCUCCUCAAGUGGCACCAAAGAAGCCCACAUUAGACAUCCCAACUGCAGGUCAAGGAAAAAAAAGGACCCCAUCCCCUUCCCCUGACAGAACGUCAACCAUAGAAGGACUCUCACUUACAGCGGUUCAACAGCUGGAGUUCCUGGAGGGCAGGAAGAAGCAGUACAUGAAGGCGGCUCUGCAGGCCAAGCAGAAGAACGAGAUGGAGCAGGCGAAGAUCUUCCUCCGCACCGCUAAAGGCUUCGACCCCAUGAUCGAGGCGACGCGCAGCGGUAAACCUGUGGACAUCAGCAAGGUGCCGUCGCCCCCUGCUGACGAAGACGAAGACUUCAUCCUGGUACAUCACAGCGACGUGCAGAUCUCGGAGAAAGCAGAGCAGGUCUACACACAGCUGGUCAACAUCCUGAAGGAGCAGUACGAGAAAUGUAUGACCCACUCAAAGCAGUUCACACACCUGGGGAACGUGGCAGAAACAACAAAGUUUGAGAAGAUGGCGGCGGGCUGUAAGAGGAGUCUGGAGGUCCUGAAGCUGGCUCAGUCGAGAGGUCUUCCUCCUCCUAAACAUCACUUUGAGGAGAGAUCGUUUCACACCGUCAGGAUAUUCCCAGAGCUGAGCAGCACUGACAUGGUCGUUGUUAUCAUCAAAGGGAUGAACCUUCCAGCUCCCAAUGGGAUCCAAACCAACGACCUUGAUGCCUACGUGAAGUUUGACUUCCCCUACCCCAGCACGGAGCAGCCGCAAAGAAACAAAACUUCUGUCAUCAAGAACACAAACUCUCCAGAAUACAACCAAAGCUUCACCCUGUCAAUCAACCGUAACCACCGCGGCUUCAGGAGGGUGGUGACGUCGAAAGGUCUCAAACUGGAGCUGCUGCAUAAAGGCGGCUUCUUGCGGAGCGACAAGCCGAUCGGGACGGCGCUCGUGAAGCUGGAAAAACUGGAGUCACAGAGUGAAAUCAGGGAGAUCGUAGAGGUGAUUGACGGCCGUAAGCCGACAGGAGGUCGUGUGGAAGUCAAGGUCCGCCUGCGGGAGCCUUUGAGCGGGCAGGACAUGCAGACGAGCACUGAGCGCUGGCUGGUCAUCGACCAGUCACAGGUUCUUGUUUAGAUGCUGCUUCAGAAAGAAUGAUGAUACUCAAGAUAAAGAUUUAAGUCAUUCAAUCAAAUUUGAAGAUUUGAAGAACGAGGAGAACGAGGACAGAGUUUGUGAUGUGGUGAGGACAACCUGUCGUUCAGACUGGACACACACCUACACGGGUUUUUCGACUUGCUAGAACUUUUGCACAUUUGCAAGACAUGAGAGCUCCCCUUCACACACUGCAGUCCACCAGGGGGAGACAUGGAGCCGGUUCACGGUAGGUCAGCUGGUGUCUGGAUCUUCAGGAGCUUAGCAGUGACACCAGAAUGACCAACAAAAACUAAGACUGCUAAAUCAUAGGAAAGAUUAUUUUAUGUGAGUGAAGAUAUAAGCUCAUGAGGCAAAAAAACGUUGCUAGUGGUCCUGAAAGUCUCCUCCUGCAUCUCUCCUGGAGGACAGAAAGCAGUGUGUCCUGUGCUGAAGCUAAAGGGGCUCAGUGUCGAGCUGACCAGAUCCUGCUGCCAGACAUAACUCAAGUUCAUAUAAAAUAUAUAUCAAAGCACGUGUACAUAUUCCUCAUAUUACUCAGCUCUGGUAUCUAGAACUGCACCUAUGCACUAAUACCAAAGUAAUCACUGUUGCUGUAUCAUCCUGCAUAUUUGAAAUUGCCUUUUGCUGCUGAACUAGUAACCACGACACGGGGGCUUAAUAUGGUGACGGGACACGGGCAGGUUCAGGACGUGAUUUCUCACAUUUCAUCUGAUGUUUAGAACGCAGGUAGCAGCACCCUCACACAUGUUUUACAGGAGUAAGCCAAGAAAUAAUGAUACAGUUAAAGGUUUAAUAAUAUAAUA